AUGCGCUACUACCUCCUCACCGGAGGCAAGUGUGUACACCCUGUUCUUUGCAUUGCCGCUUGCGAGCUCAUCGGAGGCGACGAAGGCACGACAAUGCCGACCGCAUGUGCGGUGGAGAUGAUCCACACCAUGUCUUUGAUUGACGAUGAUCUCCCCUGUAUGGAAAACAAUGAUCUCCGUCGGAGGAAGCCCACCAAUCACAAAGUCUUCGGCAAGGGUGUGGUCAUCCUAGCCGAAGAUGCUCUGUUAGCAUUCACAUUUGAAUACAUCGCCUCGACGACUGUUGAGGUGUCCCCAGCGAAUAUCGUUAGUAUCGUCAUAGAACUAGCGAAGGUGAUUGGGAUGGAGGGCCUGGUUGGUGGCCAAGUGGUGGAUAUCAGCUUGGCUGGGUUGUCUGAGGUGGAUUUGGAGUAG